ACUCUGUUUGAGAACGAGGUUAAAUCACAACCAAGGACCAAGGUGCCAAAGCUUUCGACAAUAACAACAAGCCCAUUAGGAUCUUGGAAUAAUCAUCUCAAUUUGCAGGUCUUUAUAUCAUUAGAAGAUCUGAAGGGGCACUAACCAAAGCAACAAAAAUGUUUGGGGAAGCUUUUGCUGCAGAGUUAGGUGGAGAAGAUGGAAGUUCGAAAGCUACCUCGAUAAAUAUGGGAGGUUUGGGAGCGAACUGGACGGUUGGAGGCGAUGACAGCGAAUUUAGAGCAUCGGAAUCCGAAGAGGAUGCAAUAUUCUCAAAAUAUGUGUUUCCUGCUGUUAAGAGUAGCUUUAUGGAGUUAGAUGUAUUUCAUUCCAAGCAUAGAUCAAUGACCCAAGAGCAGUGGGAUGAAGAAGAUGAACUCAACUUGUGGCUUAAACAUCACAAAGCCUCACUGAAUUCAUCCAAACUAAAAUCAGUCGUUCGCAGACACAUACCUCCACCAGUGCGUGCCAGGCUUUGGCAUGAAAUCUCUGGAGGGAGCCGAUUUAUGUCUAAAGUACCAAAUCUUUAUCAUGAUACAUGUGAAAAGUUGUUUGGAAAAGAUGGAAAUCUACCUGAAAGCGUUAAUUCCUGUACAUUAUCCAAUGACGAGGAAUUCAUGUCAUACUACUUAACACCUGAUGGAGUGAUCAGCCUCCGUAAAGUGUUAUAUGUACUUUCACAUCUUCAUCCAGAUAUAACUUACUGUCCCAUUCUUCAGCAAGUUGGUGCAGUAUUUCUGCAUUUCAUGGAGGAGGUAUGGUGCUUUGCCUGUCUUUCAGCUAUGCUUACUGGAAAGAAGAUGUACUUUGAUCAAACACACCUGCAGGCUACGGCAGCAGAUUAUGCUCUGUAUGCAUGUGCAGCAGCAGUAUUGAAAAAAGAAACAAAAAAAAUUCAAUCUCUUGUGCUUGAUGCUGGCUGGAAGUCUAAAAAUAUGUUAUUCCCAGAGUGGCAGAAAAUGCUAUUUCAAUACUUGGAUUUCACUAUAUUAAUUCGCUUGGUAGACUGCUUCUUAAUCGAAGGACCCAAAGUCUUCUUUCGCACAGCACUUUUCCUUUUGCGUUUAUUUUAUGAGUACAGUCUGAAGUUUGAAAAAAUAGAGCUUCCGUGUUCCGUAGACUUGACGCUUGCUAUUGGAAAAUAUUCCGAAGCCUUGCAAAUCCCAGCUGAUGACUUCAUUAAAGCGAUUUUGAGAAUACGAAUUCGAAAUCAGCAAAUCAACACAGCCAUUGAUAAGUUCAUAAGCCAAGAAAAGAGCAAUCCAGUUGCGCUGACGGAAUCAAAGGAAGCAGAGAGAGUUAUCUCUUUUGAUGUUUCAAACAUUUCUGAUAUAAUAUCCCCGGAUCAGUGGCGUAACAUCAUCUCUUGGCUCCCUGUGCGCAUUCAGCUUCUGAAACCGACCCUCGCUUUCACGUCAGACGAAGAUGGAUUCAGCCUCAAGACUUUGUACAAUAAAGUUGAAGAAGAGGAUCAAACGAUUAUCAUCAUAAAAACAGACAAGGGAGAGAUAUUUGGAGCAUACCUGUCAAUGUCUCUUCUGCACCGCAAAGAUUCCAAAAAGGGUUUAGCUUAUUUUGGAAACGGCGAGACAUUCAUUUUUUCAGUGCUCCCUCUUAUGGAAAAGUUUUCUUGGACAGACAUCGAAGAAGUGGAUCACGGAAAGACGAAAGUGAUGGAAAAGCAAAAAAGCAGUUUUGUCUUUGUUGAUAUUAAGGGCUCUCCCAGAAGAAAGCGCAGGUCCUUUCGCAUAACCCGACGUAAAGUAUCAGUUAAGUUACAAGGAAUUCCAAAAAAUUUGUCAAUGGCCGACCUUCCCAGCCAAACGGCCUAUGGCGGUAUACCGAAGAAUUCUUCAGUUGUUCACUUGCAUCACUACUCAAAACUGGGAGAUACUGGAUACUCAUCAGAGCAUAGUAGUCCAUUACAGAGAUUAAGAGGUAUCUCGGGCACGUCUACUGCAACAACGCCUUCGUCAGUGUUUACCAAUGUAACGCCGAAGACAGCAUCAACUGGUAAGAACAGCUUCAAGGCAGCCCCUGGUGGUAAUCCGGCGAAAUACCAACAUUCGAUGUCUGAGAACGAGGCUCAAGAAUACCCCUCGAUUACUGAUGAUGAUGUCGAACCUCAAAACCGCGUGACACGUCUGCCUGAUGAUUUGUGCAUUGUUGAGAAGCGGCUCGAAUUCGACGAGCAUGAUAGCGGCACAUCGCACCCUGAGCAUGCGCGGCACGUCAAACAUGCACCCAGUGAUCUUUUUAUCGCUGGAGACAACAGAUGCAUCAUUGUCGGAGGAGGUGGAGGCAAUGGAAUUUGGCUUGAUGAAAGUCUUUACCAUGGGCGUAGCCAGGUUUGCAAUACUUUUCAUAACAGAGUUUUGACCAAAGGCGACAAUGGGGACUUCAUUUGUGUCAGGAUCGAAGUAUUUUGUUUUAAUGAACCAGAUAUUUAACUCGAAAUUUCACGUGGCAGCUCCCUACAGACCUACAGACAGAUGUUUUCUAACUAACCAGAUUUCUUUAAUUUUUCCUGAUAAAUAAGUAAAAUUCUGUAGUUUUAAUGAUUUAGAAGCUUCUACCUCAAAUUGAUACAAAAUGAUAAAAAACAGCAUUAAAUUGGAAGGGGGGGGGGGUUAUAUCUUUAUUUAAAUAUCAUUUUUUAGGGUUUUCUUACUGUUUUACUUGUUUCUAACUUUGUACACUGUAAUCAUUCAUACACCUUUAAGUCGUUCAUUUUUUGGAGUUUGAGAUUUGCCUGCAGCUUACUCAUACCUAUAAAAACCAUUUGCAAUAAAAUGUAAAAAUUCAAUUUGUUUUCAAACAUUUUCGUGUAUGUUUUAUUUAGAUUAAAUAAUUUUGUAAAACAAUUGCUUGUUAAUAGUUUUAUUUCGUUUAAUUUAUGGAACUUUAUUGAUUCUAAUACUAAGCAAAUAUUUUAAUUGUAGUUUAAUUUUUGCAAUUAGCUUUUUGAAAAUAGGAUUAAUAUACUUUUCAGCAGUAACGGGUUCUAGUAUGCUGAGAUGUUAC